ACAAAAAGAGGCGGGUCAGCGGGUCAGCAGGUCGCAGAUAUACGGAUGAGUUGAUGACUGUUUACCAAGUUAGCUGGCGGGCCAAGGGAUUAACGUGUAGUUUUAAUGUAAAGUUGUCUCGGCUGAAGUUCUGCAGAAACCUUCAUGAGCACUUUGUGAACAAACCUUUGUAAAAAUGAGGUUUCGCUUUUGUGGAGGGCUAGACUGCCCAGAUUGGGUGCUAGCAGAAAUUAGCAUCUUAUCCAAAAUUACGUCAGUGAAGAUGAAGUUACUGUGUGCACAAGUCAUCAAGGAUCUGCUUGGAGAUUGCAUCGAUUAUGAAAAAGUAUACAAGCUCACAGCUGAUGCAAAAUAUGAAACCGGUGAUGUAAAAGCCAGCAUAGCAGCUCUGAAUUUCAUCCUAUCCAGUGCGGCAAAGUACAACGUGGAUGGGGAAUCUCUGUCCAAUGAACUGCAGCAACUUGGUCUUCCCAAAGAGCACUCCGCAGCACUCUGUCGCUCCUACCAGGACAAACUAGAAGUGCUGCAACAGAGAUUCAAAGAAGACAGCUUAAGAGUGUCAAAGCUGGACAAUGUGGAGUGGAGAGUGGACUACAUUUUGGGUUCCAGCGAAUUGAAAGAUGUGAACGAACCCAGUGUGUGUCUUAGACUGCACAUACGCAAUCCGGACAAUGGCUCUGUCAAGCCUACAAGCUUCAAUAUGUCGGCUGAUAAGUUUAGGAUCUUUCUCAGCGAGCUCAGACAGACACAAAAGCUGAUGGAAGGAAUCACAACGUGAUGCUGUAUAUUCCCCAAAAAUGCAUCUACCAAUUAAGGGUGGGGCGUUUACAUGUUUAAACAAAACAAGUUCCAAAUCCAUUGACAGAUUUUCCCUAACAUUUAAACGGAACUGCCCUUUAAGAGGUUUGACGUUUUGAUUGAUGCAAUUUGUCAUUUAGUUUUAUCGUAAACAAUGCCUAUAAAAGGUAAUCUGAUUCUUGGAACACUUUUCCCUUUUGGCAUCUAUGUACUUGUCGAGAAAAAAGAGGAUUCUAAAACACUAAACAUUGCUUGUUUUAAAUGCCCCACCAUCAGUCUAUAUUGGUUUGACCAUGUACAUUGUUGAACUAUAUAAUUAUGCAUAAAUAAAAACUCUGAGGUAGGUGGCGGCAGCGUCUGGAAAGUGUUGGUUAAAUGUUUAAAUGGCAUGGGAAAAAUUUCUGACCAUUUUUCAAAUCAAACAUAAAUUCCCACCCUUACCACCAAUGACUUUUUAUAAUUUGCACUUUGUUUGGAGAUAUGACAAGUGACUGUAUAUUCAUCCAUAUUAUGUAAUCGCAUGACUACAAUUCUCUAUGC